UCCAAUAGAACAUUCUGUAAAGAUAGAAACGAUCUAUAUCUGUGCUGUCCAGUUCGAUUGCCAGCAGCACAUAUGGCUGUUGAAUACUUGAAAUGUGGAUUUUAAAUUUAAACUUUUAAUUAAUUUAAAUGUAAAUAGCCACGUGUGGCUAGUAGCUACUGUGGUGGACAACACAGCUCUAAGGUCUUUGCAUGUGUUCUUCUUUUUGACUUGGAGUAUUCUCUUACCCUGAUUAACUGCUACUCAUCCUUCAGAUUUAAAUUUAUUGUUUCUUCAGGGAGGCUCUUCCCUGACCAGUAAAUCUAAAUUAGAAAUGUUGGGUUUUCUGUCUCAUAACCCCUAUACCUUUCCUAUGUAUAGUUUAUAAUGGCAAACUGGGUUGUUGAUUUUUUCCAAUUUAACAAUUAUCUCCCCACUUGUUCAUUAAGAGCAGGGAUCAUAUCUAAUUUGUUCCCUAUCAUAUAACAAACUUCCAGCACAGUGCCUGGCACUUAGCAGUUGUUUAGUAAAUCCGUCAAAUGAAUGAACUUUCUGAAAUAUUUUCUGUAUUUCCAGAGAACCACAGUUUUUGAAAAAAGUUCAUGGGUGGUUUCUUCUGUAGUCAACCUGAGAAGUAUCUGAAAGGUAUCUCUCAGAACAGAUAAAUAAGCUCCAUGGGGCUGGUGGAAGGAACAUAAGACAAAUGUCAGUCUCUGGGAGGUCCUAAGUGUUUUUACACCUAAUAUCCUUCUGGUGGUAUGAUGCUUUUUAGGGUGCCUCUCAUCUAUCUAGUUUGUCAUAUGAAUGCUUAGAAAACUUAGACCGUCGCCCUGGGUUCCGCGGGGAUGGCGGGAAUGGGAGCAGGAGUUCGCGGCGGCGCGGCGGCGGGGGUCGAGGCCCGGGCUCGCGAUCCGCCCCCCGCGCACCCAUCCGCGCCACCCUCGGCCUGCGGCGCAGCCCUCGGCCCGCAGGAUGGACGGCACGUCCGGAGGCCUGGGCUCCGGGGACAACGCACGGACCACCGAGGCGCUUUUUGUGGCGCUGGGUGCGGGCGUGACGGGGCUCAGCCACCCGCUGCUUUACGUGAAGCUGCUCAUCCAGGUGGGGCAUGAGCUGAUGCUCCCCACCAUUGGGACCAAUGUGCUGGAGAAGAAGGUCCUCUAUCUGCCGAGCUUCUUCACCUACGCCAAGUACAUCGUGCAGGUGGAUGGGAAGAUAGGACUGUUCCGUGGCCUGAGCCCCUGGCUGAUGUCCAUCACCCUGUCCACUGUGACCCGGGGCAGCAUGAAGAAGGUUUUCCCUCCCGAUGAGAUCGAACAGGUGUCCAACAAAGAUGACAUGAAGACUUCUCUGAAGAAAGUGAAGGAGACCUCCUACAAGAUGAUGAUGCAGUGUGUGUCCUGCAUGCUGGCCCACCCCCUGCAUGUGAUCUCAAUGUGCUGCAUGGUCCAGUUUGUGGGCAGGGAGGCCAAGUACAGCUGCAUGGUGAGCUCCAUUGGGAAGAUUUUCAAAGAGGAGGGGCUGCUGGGAUUCUUUGUUGGCUUAAUCCCUUACCUCCUGGGAGAUGUGGUUUUCUUAUGGGGCUGUAACCUGCUGGCCCACUUCAUCAAUGCCUACCUGGUAGAUGACAGCCUCAGCCAGGCCCUGGCCAUCCAGAGCUACACCAGAUUUGUGAUUGGGAUUGCAGUAAGCACACUGACCUAUCCUUUCCUGCUGGUCGGUGAUCUCAUGGCUAUGAACAACUGUGGGCUGCAGGCUGGGCUUCCCCCUUACUCCCCAGUGUUCAAGUCCUGGAUCCACUGUUAGAAGUACCUGAGCAUGCAGGGCCAGCUCUUCUUGGCUCCACCCGGCUUUGCAUGUCAUCAGGAUCCUGCUUUGCCCUUGAAUAACCUGAAUCACAAAAAACACGCUGUCUCAGCCUGGCCACAUGGGUGAGACCUGAUCACCUUGGAGACCUGCAAGACAAGAUGACUCUAACCCAGCAACACCUAGAUGUGCCCUAGCCCAGCCAGGCUUCAGUUUCCAUAUUUGCCAUGUGUCCAGUUGUGGGGUCAGGGCUGGGGAUGGGGCUAUGCCCGGUGGAGGGGGGAUGGGAUGGUGGCCUUGAGGAAUUGGAGCAGAAUUCCCUUACUUCCCAGAUUUGCCAUGCCUGCCUUUUGUAGAGGGCUGGAGAACUGCUUGUGGAGGCCCAGGUCGAUGAGGAAAGGCUGAUAGCGUGAGAUCCCACCCCUCCUCACACCCCUCGAGUCAGCCCCAGCUCUCAUCUUGCAGUUCAGCUGGGAGCUUCACUCCUGCUGUGUAAAUAGGGCGUGAUCCUCUUUCAUGAGGCUACUGUCAUUUCUAGGCCUGUGCUAGGAGGCUGUUGCCAGGUUCUGCCUUCAUUGUUCUCAACACUACUUUUCUGAUAUGAAGGCAGCAUCUUCUUUGGAACAGGAAAUCAUGUUAAGUGCUCAGAAUGUGUCCCCUUCAUCUAAUGCCCAUCUGUUCAGUGAUGACCAUACAUGUGUGAGACCUGGUUACCUAUGCAGUCAUGAAUAUCCAGAAAUUUCGCUGAUCAGUGUCUUUAGUCUUACUAAAAAAUUCAUAAGACUUGACCCUUUUCCCCUCAAAUAAAUGUAUUGGUGGUGAUUUGGAAAAAAAAGCUUAGACCUUAGUAUCCCAAAUAAUUUAUUACAUGUCAUAUCAAAUAGCAUAGUGCCCUAAUACAUAGUAGUUUCUCAAAUGGUAAUUGACAGUGCUUUGAAAACUGCAACAUUCCAUAUGAUGAUGUAGGAGAAUCUCUUACUUCGCAGGCUUGAGUGGAGGGAUUAGAAAUCAAGAGCCUGGAGAUGAUUAGACCACACUUAGAAUAAACAUUAUUUCAAGAGCUAAUUUUGAAUAGGACUACAAAUUUCUCCCCUAGAGUUUCAGAAAUGACCAGAAAAAAAGUCCAGAAUGGGAAAAAUUCUGAAAUGAAGUCCACUCUGACUUUUUUUUGAACACAUUAAAAACAACGUUUAUUUUAUUUUCAACCACACAAAAAAUACCAAACUUUUCCAGUGACAACUGUACUCUUUUUGAAUUUUUCUCAUAUAGAAUUGGGUAUGUUGGAAGCAAGUUAUUUCUGGUGAUCAGGAAUCAAGGCACAGUAGCCCUAAAGGUAGUAGCUUUGUAGUCAACAUACUGAGAAUCAAGACAUAACAUAUUUUACUUUCAAAGUAAAGGAUAAAUAUUUUUUACC